GCUCUUUGGCUGGAGUAGGGUCCGGGUGAACAGAUUUCCUUAUCCGGGAAUCGCCGCCGGAGCGGCUAUUGGCUCGGGGGAUCACGUGGCCCCCUAACUUAGUUCACUUGACAGUAAGUAGGUGGGCUUUCGGAAACAGGAAAACGAGUCAGGGAUCGGAAUAAAUUUUAGUAUAUUUUGUGGGCAAUUCCCAGAAAUUAAUGGCUAUGAGUUCUUUUUUGAUCAACUCCAACUAUGUGGAUCCCAAGUUCCCUCCCUGCGAGGAAUAUUCACAGAGCGAUUACCUACCCAGCAACCACUCGUCUGGGUACUACGGCAGCGGCCAGAGGCGAGAGAGCAGCUUCCAGCACGAGGCGGGGUACGGGCGGCGGGCGGCUUGCACCGUGCAGACCUAUGCGUCCUGUCAAGAGCCCGGCCACCCGCCGCCGACGGUGCUUUCCCCGAGGGCUCCAGUCCAGCCGCAGGCAGGGGCCCUUCUCCCUGAACCGGGCCAGCGCUGCGAGGCGGUCAGCCCCAGCCCCCCGCCACCGCCCUGUGGUCAAAACCCUCUUCACCCCAGCCCAUCCCAUUCCUCUUGCAAAGAGCCCGUAGUCUAUCCCUGGAUGCGGAAAGUUCACGUGAGCACCGUAAAUCCCAAUUACAACGGAGGGGAGCCAAAGCGCUCCCGGACAGCUUACACCCGCCAGCAAGUCUUGGAGCUGGAGAAGGAGUUUCACUAUAACCGCUACCUGACCCGGAGGCGGAGGGUGGAAAUCGCUCACUCCCUGUGUCUCUCUGAGCGCCAGAUAAAGAUCUGGUUCCAGAACCGCCGGAUGAAAUGGAAAAAAGACCACAAAUUACCCAACACGAAGAUCCGAUCAAGCACGUCGGGGUCCUCCGGAGGGGCCCAGAGUCGAGCCAAUGCAACCCCCACCUCACUAUAACGCUCCCGCUCAGGGAGGGGAGACUUUGGAUUUAUUGGGGUGGGAGUGGAGAUCAGUGGGAGGGUGAGGGGGGAGGAGAAAAAGGGGGAGGGCAAUGGUGCUUAAGACCAGGAAAUUUUGUCUCUGCAGAAAAUAAUAAUAAUAAUAAUAAAGAAAAGGAGGGGAGGGGAAUUUUAUUUAUAGCAAGAAACAGAAGAGGGGGCAGAAGUGGCCCCCAGAAGCACAGAGUUCGUGGCUCUUGUUUUCUUCCAUUUUUUCUUUUUCUUUUCUUUCUUUUUUUUUUGAGAAAAAAAAAAGAGAGGUGGAGACGAAGGCUACAGAUACUAGUUUUCAGAUUUGGCGAAGAUGGAUCCAUGUUUCAUCUUUAAUCACGCCAACCUCAGGCCCAUUUGUCAUGCUCAGUCUGCCGGAGAGAGGACGGACUCUCUGCCUGCCAUUACCUCGACAACCAGCGCUCCCGCUAACAAAUGAGGCUCUCUUUCUUGAAGACUGACUGGAUUUUCGGUCCCCCCCCUUCCCCACCCCUCCCUAUCCCAACCCAGGCAUCCAACCUGAGCAUAUUCAGACAACCAGAUAGAGCAGUUUUUUUGUUUUGUUUUGUUUUGCGAUGGUUAAAGAAAAAAAAAAUCUGACUCAUUUAGAAGUGUGUCUCCCUCUCUCCACCUCCCUUCCUCCCCCCCCCCCCCCCCCCCCCCAGCCACUAUUGCUCAGUAUGAUGUCUGGUAACUCUCCUUCCUACGUAUUGCAUAGGGAUGUGUUCUGAGAGUGCUGAAGGGAGGGAGGAAAGAGAAAGUAGAUGAGGGUAGGGGUGCCUGGCACCAUUGUACCAAGAAAGAAAAUUGAGGCUGAGGGGGGAAAAAGGAGACUAAGAGAAUGUAAAGUACGUUUGCAUCCCCUGCUAAUGAAGACACUGGCAGGUUAAUUACCUUGCUUGUGAAUGCUAGGAACCUGUUUAGCAUAGCAACGUUGCCCUAAGACACAAGGACCCUGGAACUCUGAUUUCUCUCUUUCUGAGAGGCUCUUCCUGAGGCAGGGGCCUCAACUUACGAACAGUCAGUCCGUUUUCCGACCGAGAAUGUGACCCAGCAACCAGAACUGUGUGCCCCGGUCUGUUUGGAAGGAGGUGCUCUGGGCCUUCGGACCGUUUGUUGUUGUUUUCCUCGACUUGCUUUUUUUUUUUUUUUAAUUAUGAUGAUGAUUAAGACUAUGAACAUUUUAUUUUAUUUUGUGUGCGUCCUCUCCGUGUUCUCUUCCUGACAUUCCAAAUAAUUCCUGUUGCAAAGACAAUUUGCUCCUCUCAGGAGCAGAAAGAUACCUCUCUGGCAGUCAGUGUGAAAUAUCCCAUGACAUGUUCAUAGUGAAAAUAGAAAUAAAUUUUGGUUCCCUUGUGA